AGGAGGCGGUGAGCGAGCGCAAGAGCGCGGCGAAGCAAAAGGCUGUCCUGCAGCAGCAGACGGGGAAGCUGAGCGAGCUGGAGGAGGAGGCGCAGGAGCGGGCCCAGUACCUGCUGCAGCGGGCAAGCAGGAUGCGCAUGGAGCAGGAGGACGAGAUCAAGGAGUUCAGCGAGCUGAUACUCGGUGCCAAGUGCCACAUGAUCCGCGACACGCAGAUCCUCGAGAAGCAGCUCAUCACAAAAGAGCUGGAGGAAGAAGAGAAGCGCCUGGCCAAGAUGAUGGAGGUGGAGAGGAAAAAGGCCAACGAGAUGCAGGAGGAGCUGGAGCGCAGGAGGAAGCAGGAGCUGAUCAGAGGGAGGCAGGAGCUUGUGAAGCAGAUAGAGCAGAAUGCGGAGGAGCAGGCUAUGAGAGCCCAGCAACGGGACCAGGAGGCACAGGAGCUGCUGGAGUACUUGGAGCAGCUGAAGAUGGAGGACCUGAAGGACUUGGAGCGGAGACAGGAGCAACAGAAGAAAAUCCAGGCUGAGAUUAAACGCAUCAACGAUGAGAAUCAGCGGCUCAAGGAGGAGCAGCGGGAGCAGGAGAAGAUGGCAGACGAACGGGUGCUCGAGUACCAGAGGCAGAAAAUGGAGCGCGAGGCCAAGUUUGAAGCUGAGCAGGAGAGAAUCCGUCGGGAGAAGGAGAAGGAGACGGCGCGCUUGAGGGCCAUGCAAGAGAGGGCCCGGGACCACCAGGCAGAGCAGGUGAGCAGCUUGCUGAUGCGCUACGCGCUGCCGUGCUGGCUCACUCGCCACCUUCCUCGUCACCACCCCAGCAAAGUGGAAGCUCUCCUGGAUGUG